CUGCUAAUCACAAUCCAGCCUUCAUUGAGUUGACCAACUAAACAUUUAAUUUUACUAACCUCAAAAUAUUUAGUAACUUGUAUAAUUACAAAUAAAAUAGUAAUUACAUAUAUAAUUUAGUAUAAAAUUUAUUAAAGUUUUAGUUUUUAUAAAUAAUAUAGAUUUAUCUAAGUGUUUAGAUAAUUGUUAUAAAUCAAAAUGUCUGAAAACAACAACCAUUUCGACCAACAACAAAGCCAACCACAAAGUCAAGAAUCCGGCUUGUCAAACAGUUCAGCAAACAAAAAUAAUCAACCAACUAAUGAUAUACCUCAAUUCCUGACUAAAUCUAAACUACAAGAUUUGGUACGGGAAGUUGACCCGACAGAACAACUAGAAGAAGAAGUUGAAGAGAUGCUACUUCAACUUGCUGAUGAUUUUGUGGAGACGACGGUCAAUGCUGCUUGUUUACUGGCCAAGCAUCGACAUGCCAACACCGUUGAGGUGAAAGAUGUCCAACUUCAUCUGGAGAGGAACUGGAAUAUGUGGAUACCAGGAUUCGGCACUGAUGAAGUCAGGCCAUUUAAACGUGCGACAGUGACAGAAGCCCACAAACAACGGUUAGCUCUCAUAAGAAAGUCUAUUAAAAAAUAUUAAUUGUAAUUAUUAAUUUUAAAGUAUGUUUUUUUUUUAUAAAGUUCUUAAAAAUAAGCAAUAAUUUUUUCUGCCAUUUUGUUAUUAUUUAUUAAUA